UGUUUGUUAUAGGCCGAUUACAGGGCUAGAUCUAGAUUUGGAAUACUAGACUCUAGAUCUAGAUCUAAGUUAAAUGUGUAAAAAGCAUGCUUGUAAAAGUAUCUGGUGACAUUGUGCUUAUCAAUAAAUCCCUUGCUUCGUGUAACAGUGUUAACAAUGAAAAUGUACAAGUAUGAACUCCAUUUUGUGGCUGGUCAAUCUUAAUGUGUUGAAGCUGAACAAUUUUCACCUGAUUUUCUAUUAUAUAGUAACAUAUAUAUAUAGAGAGGGAGAUUUUGUAUGUCUCGUGAAAGACAUUGAUGACUGGCUGCCUGAAUACACUGUGGCCUUUGUUAAAGAGAUUUUAUCAAAUUUCUUGAAACUUCACUUAUUAGUGUCUAUUUGAAUACCAUUUCUGAUUCUAGUGAUUACAAAUGGAUAUUUGAUAUUAUGGUUAAAUACAAAAGGAGCAUCUGAUUUUCCAGAUACUGGACUCAGUGUCAGUACCUUUUAACAACUCAAUAUUAUGGGGGCUUGUGUAUGCAAGGAUAAAAAUCAAGACCCUCCAAUAACGCAAGCAGAAGAAAGCGACAGCAGUUCUCAUGCCAGCACCAAUCGACAGCGGGACCAAAAUAAUUUCGGUAGCUCCUCAACAACUAGUUUUGACACUUCAGAUAACAGACGACACAGACAUCACCACCGCUCUCACAAUAAUCAAAGACAACAUCAUAGUUCAAGUAGGAGGAGUCGAGACGCAGAGAAAGAAGAUGUAGAUCGUCUUGUAUUGGAGACACUAUCAGUUAUUCGCACUUUAGUUGAUAAUGCCCAAGAACCUCCGCUUGCAAUGUUAAUACUUCAUAAAAUAGCUGACUGUGAUCAAGGAUGGUUGAAUGUAGUCAAAUCACUUAUACGAGUCAUACCUAUGGAAGACCCAUUAGGUCCAGCUGUCAUCGCUCUCUUACUGGAUGAGUGUCCUUUACCAACAAAGGAUGCUCUAUUAGAAUUGAAAAGCCAUCUAAACCUUGCUGAGAUGGAAUUAGCUCAAACAUAUUGCAAACCCUGUCAGAAAAGGAACAUUUGUGUCUUAUUGGGGUGUUUAGCAGAAAAAUUAGCAGGUCCACACAGCAUAUCACUUUUAACAUCGGACAUAUUGACUUUCUUGAUACAACAUUUGAAGCCAGAAAAUCAUCCAGUAGUAAUUCUUCAUUCAAUGGUUGCUCUAGAAAAGUUUGCUCAAACUAGUGAAAACAAACUAAGAAUUACACAAGCAUUGCAGCAUUGUGAUGUGCACCCAAUGACAUUACUAGAGGGCUGGUAUACACGUGACAACGAUAAUACUCCACUCAGUUAUAGCCGGAGAGAAGUGGGUUUCUGUGCAGGAUGGUGCCUUGAUAAUUUGUUUAUCAAAGAGGGCCGUCCAUUCUCAUAUGAGCAGCUAGACAGGUCACAUUUGAACGUUAUGCUCAAUAGCAAUGAUGUCAGUGAAUAUUUAAAGAUAUCAGCUGAUGGCCUGGAGGCUCGGUGUGAUGCAUCAUCCUUUGAAAGUGUUCGAUGCACAUUCCAAGUGGAUUCAGGUGUAUGGUACUAUGAAGUGACUAUCGUUACAGAUGGAGUCAUGCAGAUUGGUUGGGCCACAAAAGACAGUAAAUUUCUUAACCAUGAUGGCUGUGGUAUCGGGGAUGAUGAAUUCUCCAUGGCUUACGAUGGAUGCCGACAGUUAAUCUGGUACCAUGCGCAAAGUGAGCUACACACACACCCGUGUUGGAAACCUGGUGAUAUAUUGGGUUUAUUGCUGGAUCUUGAGAAUCAAUACCUGAUAUUUUAUUUGAAUGGAGAUCCGCUGCCUAGUUACAAGCAGCUGUUUACACAUGCCAGAACUGGAUUCUUCGCAGCUGCCAGUUUUAUGUCUUUCCAGCAGUGUGAGUUUAACUUUGGUGAGAAACAGUUUCGUUAUCCCCCGCCACGAGCCUUCAAGACAUUCAACCAAUAUGGUAGACUCUUACCUGAAGAGAAGAUUGUAUUGCCCAGACAUCAGAAAAUGGCCUUGAUGAAUCAGUUUGUGGUCAGUGAAGAUGCCUGUACUCUGUGUUUUGACAAUAUUGCUGAUACACAGCUUUUGGACUGUGGCCACAGAGGCUUCUGUGAAGUUUGUGCCAUUCAGUUAGAGAAAUGUCCUAUUUGCCGCAAAGAGAUUUUGGAAAGAGUCCGGUGUCACAGUGACACUCGUUCACCUACCCCAGGCCUGGUGCUCUUGCAAACACCUGUUGUAUAGAGUGCUUGAUGUUCAUCUUAUACAUAGCCACACACAUAUAUAUAUUUAUACAUUGUACAUUUCAUACACCUGUAUAGAUAGAAACUAUCAGUCACUUGGGUUUUAGUUGAUUUUAUUUAUUUAUUUGUAAUUUGAUCAUCCUCAUCUUCAUUGAGAAAUGUGACAAAUUAUGGUCACAUAUACACAGAGUUCACUCUAUUUCUUUGAGAACUUUAAACUGUACAUUUCAAUAUCUUAUUGAAAUAUAUAUCUAACAAAAAACAAACAAAAAAUUGUUGGUAUCAAACGAUUUUGUAGCAGUGUUUUUCCAUUUUUAUGUAUAAUGGUAUAACAUUUGUCAAAAAGUGACUCUGUUCUUAUUAGUAAGUCUUCAAGUUGUGUCAGAAUUUUUGGAAGCACUUACUCUAGAAAUAUAUUAUUAAAUGACUGUGAAAUUUGACAAAACAUUGACUCCAGCAUUAACUGUAGACUGACUUCAGAAUUCAUUUGUAAUAUGACUUUUACUGUCACUUGAGUUUGUCAAAAAAUAAACUUUUUAUGUAUAAUGAGACUAGUUUGUUCAAGAUAUGAACUUGUACAAAUCUUUAGUUUUGAUUAUUUUGUUCAAGAUAUGAACUUGUACACAUUUUAAAUUUCUCUUAAGUGGUCCAUCAGUCACUGUUCCAUGAUUUUGACAACUCUGAGGUUAAAGUCAUGCUGUAGUCCCAACAGUGUUUUAUGAAAGUUUUUUUUUCUUUCCAAUGUUGGCCUAAUGUAUUUUCCCCACUGGCUAUUGGCCUGCUAUAUUUCCCAACAUGAUAAAGAACCUUCUGUAUUUUCCAUUGUGUUUGCCAACCUAACCUAUAUUCCAUUGUGGUCUAUGACAUUUUUCAGAUGGCUGUGAAUACAAGACCCUAACAGACAUUGUAUGUCUUUUUAUUUAAUUGUAUAUUUUGAGACAUAGAAAAUGGAUUGCAUCUUACUCGCAGUUAGGGUAUUGUUUUUAACUAAUGAACGAAUCAUAAUUAGUUUUGAAUGCUCAUAGAGAAAUGGUAAAAGUAUGUUUAUAAAAGUUUAAGUCCCUAUAACUUUUGGUAAUCUGGACUUCUAAUAAACUGUUUGAGGACAUGGUUGAUAGCCUAACCUCUCAAGGUCUAAAGUAACACUGUAUCAGAAAUGUCCUUAUUGCUUUGUACCACUGGAAUCCUGGGGAUAGAAAUCUCAUGACAAAAUCCACUGAAUCCCUGUACUUUUUUUAAUCCACCAAGCCAAAGUUAACCUUAUAAAGAUAUAAAUCACUGUGCAUCCCCCAGCUUUACUUUGUCCAGCUUGAAAAGGGGGUUGCAUAUGGGAUUAGAACUUCAAAUCUGUAAUUUCAUUCAAACUAAUGUUGUCUGUUCUGUAAUAAGUCUUGUUUUAACUAGGUCAAUCAUGAACAAACAAUAUUAUUGUUUUGGGAGGGGGGGGGGGAAGAUGAUGAAUGGCCCUAAUUAUCUGAUUUAGAAUCUCCCUUUUAAAUGUGAAUCUCUUCUAAAUUAAGAAGAGCUUCUCAUUUAGUUAGCUCUGUUAAAGCCACUUCGGUGAAAAAAAAUAAUUGAAGGGGUUAUUAAAUAUGCUGUGGCCAGAUUUAGCAGCCAAGUUGAACCAGAUAUCAUGUGAUACCAGCUGUUAUGCUUUGCUAUUUAUUUGUCCACCAUAACUUUUUUUUUUGGUUCACUUGAUGCUGGCUGUUGUAUGAACUGGUGUAAUGGGCUGUGUCCCAAUUACUCAUUCAGUGCUCUGUAAUAUUAAUGUGAAUACAUUUGUCACUACUUAGUUGAUAUCAUUUUUUAGUCUUUUGUUUUGGUUUCAUGUUAAAAAUCAUUUUGUCGAUUAAAUCAUUGGCAAAUUGAAUGUGUCAAAAAAAAAAAACCUGAUCUAUUUUGUUUCAGAAAAGUCAAGGCUACACCAGUAUUAUCAAAUAUCAAACUGUUUCUGUCACAUCAAACAAUUUCUAGAGUUUGUUGGUUUGUUGGAGGCUAUUUCUUUUUUGUUUUGUUGCUUUCUCUUUGUCUCAAUGGAAUUCAACUUUUUGCAUAACCUUUUCCUUGAUUUCAUGUGUGUGUUUGUUGUUUUUAUUUUUUAGUUUCUGUCUUCCACAAGAUUCAAAGUCAAGAAAAAUAUUUUAGGAUGAACCUCAGCUUUUUUUUUUUGGAAGGGUGGGUGUGGAUGACAACAUCCAGUGACAACCAAAAUAUAUGUACUAAAAAGUCCUAGAUCUAUCUUGUGAGUGCUUUUAAAGUGAGCCCCCUUCCCUAGAUCUGGAGCAUCUGCUUCUUUGGACAUUGAGUUUUUAAUCACUGCAUUCAUUCAUUUCAAUGUCUCUUUGACCUGACCUAUGUAUACUAGCUGUAACUUAUGAUUUUGUCCAUUUGAUUUUCUCUUGACAAUUUUUUUUUUUUGGAGCUAUUUUUGUUUCUGUAUGAACUCAGAAAAUAUAUGAGGAGAAACUGAA